AUGGGGUGGGCGUGGCUUGAGGAGAAAUGGGCGGGGUUUAACUGGGAGGAGGAGGAGGAGGAGGAGGAAGGCCGAGGGGGCGGAGCCAAAGCGCCGGGGCUGGGGGGGGGGCGGCGCUACGUGCCCCCCCGCCUGGUGCCCGUGGCCUGCGAGCCCCCUGAGGACGCCGUUUCCCGCUCCCAAUCCCGGCUCCGGCGCCGGGCCCUCUCCUCGCUGGCGCUGCGGGAGCUGCGGGACGAGUUGGGGGAGGGGCCCCGGCAGGAGGGGGAGGGGCCGGGCCACGCCCCCCCCGCCCAGAUCCACAGGCGCCGCUUUGAGGAGUCGAUGCUGCGGCGCCUCAGCGCCCCCUGGCGGCCGCCAAAGGGGGCGGGGCCAGGCCUGGAUGACGUCACCAACCUCGGGGCGUUUCCCGCCCUUUUGGGAGCGGCCAAUCAGGGAGGGGCAUAA